AUGGGUCUCUGGGAAGUCAAAGACGACAAGAAAACCCUGAAUAAGGAACUAUUCCUCAGCCACAUGGAGAAGCACUGGCUCGACUGGGCGGCAGAGAAGCUGUCGCGAAAGGAGAAGCAAGCCUGGGUGGGAAUCACCGAGAUUGUCUACAAGGGCAAAGUCAAGGCCAUGGCCGACCUUCCCGAACCCGACACUUGGGCCGAGGAGUUCUUCUACUCUCGAUACGCCGCCGUUGCCCAGAUCAAGUUCCCGCAGGCCGAUCUCGCGAAAUGGGAGCCCAAUGUGAGCGGGCCUACGACUACCCACACGUUCCAGUUGAAUCGCUUUAUCAAGCAGAAGAGACUGGGGGAGUGUUUCAGACAGGCCACGGAGCUCUCCAAGCGUGCCUGGACCCCCGAGCCGACCCAGAGCGUGUACCCUCUUGCCAAGAGACCUCGCAACCUCCCAGCCAAGGAAGCCCCCGUUGGAACCGGCCUGGUGGACAAGAUGGAAGGACCUCUCAUUUCCAAGCCAGAGGAUGUACUCAAGGUCUUUGCCAACAUUGAACAGCAGCUUGCCUCGGUUCGUGUGGCGGCUGAAGCCAACACCAAGAUUCGCCAGCAGACCGUCAAUGAGUUGCGCCAGUCUCACGAGCAAGAGCUCAAGAAAGCCCAGAAGUACGCUGAUGAUGCCAUCAAAUCCGUUCGUGAGAGUCACCGCAAGUAG